ACAUAUGCGAUGCCGAGCGGUUCACGUCGAAUUCUAUAAUAUUGUCUGAAUGCUGGUGGACAUUGUGAUUUGCAUUUUUCUAACAAGUGUUGGACUUGCUGACGCUACUCAUGAUUAUCAGUGCUGGAAUCCAAAGUCAACUGAUGAGUACAGACAGAAGUUUCUCACACAAAUCAACAGUAGAAGAAAGGACAUUGCUGACGGAAAGGCAGAGAACCGCUAUGGUUUGUUACCGAAAGGGAAAAACAUAUACAUGCUAUAUUACUGGUGCGAUCUAGAGCUGUUAGCCCAAGAAGUUGCUGACAAAUGUGAUGUCAGCGCCCGCGCUCCGGUAGGUUACUCGAAAGUGAUAGCAAGGUUCUCUCCAAGCGCUAGCAAUACCAUGGGUCUAGCUGAUAAGUCGAUAAAGCAAUGGUGGGAUGAAAUUUCAAAAAUUAUUAAUAUCAAUUCUACAAUAAUUGCCACGGAAGAUUCCAAAGCUUUCGCAACGCUUGCCAACGGGAAAGCCAGAAAGCUCGGUUGUGCACAAAAUCUAUGUGGAGAAGACUUUUACGCAGUAUGCGUGCUAGAUGCUAAAACGCCUGCCAUCGGAGAACAAAUUUAUGAGAUUGGAACCGGCUGCACGACUGACGCUGAGUGCACCACUUUUACGGGCUCGACUUGUGAUGUUGAUAUCAACCAGUGUGUAGGAGGAUUACCCGGAUCAUAUGAAGAAGAGGAGGAACCGGCAUUUGCUACAGCAUCGCCAUCAGCAACAACUUGCUGGACAACAACGCCAAAAACGACAACAACCACAGAAUUGCGAACCAUAGAUCCAGCAUUCAACAAGCGAUGUCCAAACAAUCAAGUAAUAGACGACUUUGUGAGGAGCGCCUUCUUGCUAAAUCAUAACGCACUGAGAGAACAACUUGCUCAAGGUCUCGUUGUGAUGGGAAACGGAGUAAUGGCUCGAAAGGCGUCAAGAAUGAUUCGCCUGGUAUACGAUUGUGACGCCGAGAAGAGUGCUCAUGACUGGGCUAGCAAAUGUAUAGACGAAGACUCGACACAAACUAUGUACACUGAGAACAGAUACACAAUUAACGAUACUAGCGUGACUGUUCAAGCCGCGGCAUACAAGAGCGUAUGGAUAUGGUGGGAGGAAAUCAAGAAUAAAAAUAUGCUGCAACUGGCGGGGCAGACGAAUCUAUACUACAAUCAUCUUGGCUUGAAACAUUUUGCCAAGAUGGCAUGGGACACACAGAAAAAGAUUGGAUGCUCUGUGGUAACGUGUCCAAGCUUUGUCAAUGUUGUCUGCCAUUAUAGCGGAGCCAACGUUGGUGAAGGUCUUCAAAUAUAUAAAAUGGGACCAUCAUGUGCUCGUUGUAGCGAACAGGGAACAACGACAUGCGUCAGUGGUCUUUGCGAACUUGAGGGAACUAGCUCAUUUCAUACUUAUAUCUAAUUAGAGUGCCAGCUUUGAGAUUUAAUAAAAUUCUUUUAUCACGUUGCAAUUGGUUUUUCCCAUUUUCAUAAGGAUAACAUGCUACCCAUUCGGCACAUGUUCGUUCAAUCAGUCGGGAAGCACUGUAUUUGUUGCAUUGGUUUUGUCAAGUAAUACCAUUUCUAUUCGGC